AGGGGAUUAAAUAUCAGAGAAAUAGGAAGUUCUGAAGUAGUCAGCCUCUCAGAGUCUCGUUUUUGUCAGAUGUCCGGCUUUUCCACUCCAGAACAGAUAAUUCUUCUAUUCUGCAGUUCUCCAACCACUGUACCCAUAUUUUGUGUCCAGAUUUUUGACAUCACCAAUGAUGCUGCUAUGAACAUUUGAAACAUAUGAACAUAGGAACUGUUGUGCCUCUGGGAUCUUUGUGGAGUCAACAAUCUUCUUGAGUCAUAGACUGCUAGUAGCAUCAAAAGGCCUUACAGUCAUAGCAGAUGGCAUCUGCCCUGGGGGUACAAGAUGGAAUCCAAAGGAAAUGAAGCCCAGCCUGUGAGUGCCCUGAGAGAAGAGGACAAGCUUUGAGCUGGGAGAGGACCCUCCUUAAGCAUCCUGCUGGAGCCUGGCCUCCUGCCCCAGCUUCCCCUUGGACAUGGAGAGGACCAGGAGGUGGCUGCUCUGCAUCCUCUUUGCUGUGUCCUGGCCCUCCACAAAGGGGGACAUAGAAGAAAACAUCCCCCAUCAGACCCUAAGUUGCCAUAAUGACUUUCAAACUAGAAUCAUCUGCCACUGGGAGGAGAUGGCCAAUGCUCAACGCUACCUCAACUUGUCUCUUUACUACCAGAUGUUCAAUCUUGUUUUUAACAGAACUGUCGAAGCAAAACAAGCCCCCUGUGACCAUAGCCAGAACACGUCCUUGCCCACUUGUAAGUUCGAAUCCUGUAUCCCCAAGACAUGCUUCAUUCACCAGAAAUAUAUGGUUGGGAGCCAGAUCGACCUCUUCAGUUUCAGAACAGAUCGGCCUCUGGAGAUCAAACUUAAUGUCAGCCUGGGCCAGAGUGUUCAGCCUCCCACCCCAAAGAAUCUCCAGAUUACAAAAAAUGGAACCAAAGGCUUCCUGCUUUCAUGGGAGAUACUGCAAAGCUGGAACCAAAACCACCAGGCAUCCUCUGGGGUCCUGAUGUUUGAGGUGGCCUACAAGAGGCAAUGGGAGUCAUGGGAGGAGGCUUUCACAAAGAGUUCCUCCACAUCUCAUGUUACCUUUGGGCAUGACCACCUCAUUCCUGACAACCGCUAUGUGGCCCGAGUGAGGGCAAAGACAUCUGGAGAACGUUCCAGCCCAUGGAGUUCUGAGGUUUCCUGGGAGUCUCAGGAAGGAGAUCCAGCUCAACCCAAGAAUCUCCAGUGCUUCUUUGAUGGACUUGAACAGCUCACUUGCACUUGGGAAGUGAGGGCAGAGGUUACCGGCUCUGUCUCCUUUGGGCUCAUCUACAAAGCUGGUCCAGAUGAGACGAGGGAGUGCACCCCUGUGCACAAAGAAAGGAAGCCAGGAAGCCCCUAUGUACAGUACAGAUGCCAGAUUCUGGUUCAGGAUCCUAAUGACCAAAGACAGUACACUGUCACUGUACAAGUCAAGGAAGAGAAGAAACAGAUCAGGAGUUACCUGCAUGUCCAGCCCCAGCCACCAUACAUUACAGUCAAGAAGACAGGAGACAGUUACUGGCUGAACUGGAAAACAGUACAUACAAUUUAUGAGCAGAUCUACGAAGUUCAAUACAGGAAGUCUACGGAGUCUUGGGAGGAUGUUCACAAUGAAACCUUGAGAAUUGUCUUGGGUAUGGAAAUCUCUGAGAAGAAUCUGGAGCCAGCCACAGAUUAUUUUGCCAGAGUGAGGGCAAAAAUCUCAUCUGAAUCCUACAGAGGAAUAUGGAGUGAGUGGAGUAAUGAAUACAAGUGGACCACAGACAGUCGAAGCGGGUUACAAGUGCCCGGUCCAUGGAUCCUCUCACUGGUGCUGGUCGUUACUACAGUCCUGGUACUCCUAGGGGCCUGGUGCUGUUGUAACUUUGGGGUCAGACUGAAGGCAAAUUGGGAAAACAAGAUUCCCAACCCGAGUAAGAGCCACCUGUUCCAGAAUAAAAACAAGAGGAUUUGGAUUCCAGGUAACUUUUCUACUUCUAGUCAAGAGAGCCCCUGGGAGAAGGAGGAGAGAGAAAGCUGUGUCUCCUGGUCGAAUUGGAAUGACCUUGAAGAUACUAGCAGAAGUUGGAUAUCCCCUCUCACUGCUAUGGACCCCCAAGAUGCCUGUUCUCUGUCCUCUGACCAGGACUCAUACCCAGCAUCCAUCAAUUUUCCUGAUGAGAACCUGAGCCUGUUCAGCUCCCAGAAAAAGCAUGAGCUCAACUCUCCAACCAAGGACCUAGCCUCUGGCAUUGCUUUCAAUGGCCCCUACCUCCACUUGCCCCAUAGCCACUCUCUUCCUAACAUCACUGACCAGAUGGGGUCCUGCCAGGCUGAAGAGAACAAGAAGCAGCCUCAUGGGUCCCUGGAGUAUUUUUGUCUGCCCCAGGGUGGGCAGGGUGGACUUAUUCCUAUGGCCAAACCAGCUGAACUGGGCAAAGACAGAGAGGAAAUUUCAUCUGUUGUUCCUUCAGACAAAGAAGAACCUGAAAGCUACCCAUUCAAGGAUCAGGCUGCCCCUCCAUCUGUGGAACCAAGGCAGGAGGAACAUCUCAACCAACCAUCUACCAGUUCCAAAGACCCCCUGAAAUUGGUCCAUGUCACAGGCUAUAUUGCCCCCGAGGACCUGAUACUUGGCUCUGGGAAGCCUGAGAGUCCCCCACCUUUAUCCAUGCCUCCGUUACCUUGCUCAGCACUUGAGUCCAGUGUUAGCCCCUCCAUAGAAAAGACCAAAGGACCUACAUCAGCUCCCAGCUCAGCAAACCUGGCACUGGAGAGUUAUGUUGAAGUCCCUCCAAAAAUGACCAGUACUGAAGUCCUUCCAGAGGACCCUAGCUCCUUGCAAGUUGAACCCUCAACCACAAAUCUCAUGGAUUCCCAGCAGGAUGAGACUAUAACAAUGUUGCAUCCUGAUGGACUCAUUGUCUUACAGCAGAUAGGAGACUAUUGCUUCUUCCCUUCCCAGGGUCAGCUGGUUUCUCCUGGCCAUUGCCCUGAGAAAAUGACUAAGCCCCAGGAUAUUCAGGGCAAGGAACCACCAAACCAACCAAUGCCUCAGGUGCCUGCCAUUCAGCUCUUCAAGGCCAUGAAGCAUCAGGAUUACCUUGCUUUACCAACAUGGGAUGGCUGUAGGCCAGGGCAAGUGUUCUAACAACACCCUCCAACCGGGGUACCACCAAGCUCCAGAGGGCAUGUCCCUUCACACUGUGACCCAACCUCACUGAGUUUUCUGUUCUCUAUACUCAAUAGAAUGGGAAUGAUUUGAGGGCAGGAAUUUUCCAGUUUUUUGUCUAGGACUUGAGUAUGAUUACAAAGUGCCAAUCUGUGAUCUCAAGCAACUUAUUUCCCUGUCUAGACCUCAGUUUCUUCUUGGUCUCAGAGGACAGGCCAUGAAAUAAACUCCCUUCCUCCAUAGCUGCAGGAUAUUCUGUGGCUGUACAAAUGAAGAAGUCACCUUAGCCUCAACAGAUCAAUUCUCUGGAAGAAUUGUCUAAGUCUUACCAUUCUUCCACUCUGGUAUAUGAGCCAUCAGAAGACCUUCCCACUCCCUGAUAAAAAUAAAGAUUAAUUUCUCAAAAUUGGAGUUUUAUUCUGAACUAGAGAAAAGAGCUAUUCUUGCCCCUGUUGUUGAAAGAGCAGUGCAUUUGGAGUCAGGGGUUCUGAUAUGGGUUCAACUCCUGACUCUGCCAUUUACUGUCUAUAUAUCUUGGACAAGUCAAUUAAUUUGGCAACUUAGUUUCUUCAUCUAUGAAAUGAAGGUGUUGCAAUGUACUGCAAAGACUUCUAAGGUCCUUUCCAACUCUAAAUAGAAGAUUCUGUCUAUCUAUCUAUCUAUCUAUCUAUCUAUCUAUCUAUCUAUCUAUCUGUCUGUCUGUCUGUCUGUCUCUGCCUGUCUAUCUGUCUAUCUAUCUUUCUGUUUGCCUAGCUAUCUAGCUGUCUGUCUAUCUAUCUAUCUGUCUCUCUAUCUAUCUAUCGAUCCAUCCAUCCAUUUAUCUCUAUUUCUGCCUCUAUUCAUCUCUCUUUAUCUUGUUUUCUAUCUCUUGCUCAAUCCUUAUCUAUGUCUAUCUGUCUGUCUGUCUAUCUGUCUAUCUAUCUGUCUGUCUGUCUGUCUAUCUAUCUAUCUAUCCAUCCAUUUAUCUCUAUUUCUGUCUCUAUUCAUCUAUACCUUGUUUUCUAUCUCUUGCUCAAUCCUUCUCUAUCUAUCAUCUUACAGUCUCUGCCUCUCUAUCUUGCUAUCUCUCUACCAUCCACCUACCUAGUUCUCUCUCUGCUAUUAGGAUGGGUUCUAUAGUAUGUAGGUAGAAGAGGGAGAGGUAUCAGGAAAUAACUAUGGUGUAAAAACAGACAAGUCACAUGAAACAUUGUAAGAUUUGUGGGUGAAACUAGGUGACCUUUAAGGUCCCUUUCAAUUCUAAUAUUCUAUGAAAUUCCCAAAGUGCCUAGUGGUUCCCUAGGGAGCAGGUUGGGGGACAGAGAAAUAAUGAGUUGAAAUUAUCCCUGGCUAGUAUUUCCUAGAAGUGAUCUGCUGGGGAAACCCAGGGCUCCCAAAGACCAACCAUCAGCUCCCCUUAACAAGAAAGGGUCACAAAUAUAACUUCCCUACCCUAAAUGUCCCUCUUGUAUCACUAUUCCCCUGCUCAAGAGUAUAUAUUGUCUUCCUGUUGGUAAUGAAUCCAGUCCAAAUUCCUUAGCAAUCAUCUCUAGAUUCUCCACCAAUUAACUUUCCCUCUCUCCCUUCCUCCUUACAGCUACUUCCAUCACCCCGGAUGGUCUGGUUUGAGCUGUUGUUCAGUCAUUUCAGUCAUGUCUGAUUCUGAAUGGCCCCAAUUGGGGUUUUUUUGCAAAGAUAUUGGCAUGGUUUGUCAUUUCCUUAUUUAUCCCAUUUUACAGAGGAGGAGACUGAGGCAAACAGGGUGAAAUGACCAGGGUCACGUAGGAAGUAAGUGGCCAGAUGUGAAUUCAGGUCUUUCUGAUUCCAAGUUCCACACCCUCAGUGCUUUGGAAAGGCUGAUGAAUUGAUUGCUAUGAGUUGAUAUGACAUUAUCUAAAUGAUGCCUGGGCAGAAAGGAAAUUAUUCUUCCCCAAGUUUCUAUUUCAUUCAGGCUUUUGAAAAACUGUAAACUUUUAGCUAGGGUUUUGAGACUGGAGAAUAAAGAGCCUCAGCUGGUGGCAGACAUGAUCAUUCCAAUAGAAUGAAAGUUUCUUGAGGUCAAGAGGUAUAGUUUGUUUUGUCUUUGCAUCCCCAGCAUCUAUCCUAGAGCCCAGCACAGUUAAUGUUUAAUAAAUCUUUGUUACAUGAAUGACUGUGCAGACCAUCACCACCAGCAACUAUCUUAUUCAGACUCAGGUAUAGCAAGUGGUAAAGGUGCACAGCUUGAGAUCAGGGUUUGCCAAGUGCCUUAUAUAUGAUAAUUUAUGACAUGUAACUUCUACUUCAACCCCUUGGAUCAUCUCACAGAUAGGAUCACUCCUGGGGGGAACCUGCCCUACUUCCUCUUUUCCCAUCAGGAGCAUAAUAUGGCAAGACCUUCUUGUCCCUUAUUGGAGCCUACUUCAAAGAAAGCUUUAGAACCUAGUGCCCUCUCUCCCUUUUAUGCAUUUUCCAUUGCCUUUUCUCCUUCCUUUAAGGUAUAUUUGGUCACCAAGGAAAUGAGUAAAAUUUACAAAUGUAAAUAGUUUGGUACAACAUAAUUGAUCAUCUGCUAGAGAAAUGAGACUUUAGAAGACAGAAUGAGAGAACAUAGAAUGGCAGAGGAUAGCUCUUAGGAAAAAGAAGGUUGGAGCUGGGAGACCCUUAGAACACAGAAUGUCAGAAUGGAGAGGGGUCUUAGAACAUGGAACAUAAGAGCUGGGAGGGGCUUUAGAGCAGGGAAUGUCAGAGCUGAGAGGGACCUUCAGAGAGAAUCUAUAUCCAACAUCUGUAUUUACUAGAUUAGAAAAGUGAAUUCUGGAUCAAGGAAAUAUCUUUCUGUUGUCAAAGUGAGCAAAACUUAAGACAAUCCAUGGGUCUUCCCAUUGUGGCCCUGAUCAGCUGCCUCUCGUUGCUGACUGGCCAGGGGACAACCCUCCAGGUUUACCUUUAGGUUACCUUUACAGGGUAAAAUAUACUGUAGGGUUGUUAAAUUUAAAGCCAGAGUAGUACGGAGUGAUAUGCCAGGGAGACUCCAUAUUCAGUCCUCAAAUUGUCAUUGAGGGGGUAGGGGGAAGGUUAGGUCAGGCCAGCCUACCCUCCCUUCUAGGUUUCUUUUCCCCAGGGGUCUCUAGACACAGAAGCUAUGAGGCAAGGAGAGUUUGGGGGUGAGACUUCCACCCAGAGAUUAGCCCUGGGAAAACACUUCACCCCAACACAAGAGACACUGUCCAUUGUGGUAGGUGUGAGCCUAACAGCUGCAAUUCUCAGUUUUUAAAGUCAAGUAAAAAGUUACACUUUCAGUUCCCAUCCUGGAACUUUCUGGGAAAUUCCACUGUGAGACACCCAUGGAGACCAUAGAUGUGUGUGGGCAGGAGUGGAGUGAUGUGUGUGUGUACUCAGUCUGUGAUCAGUUUAAUAAGGAACAACUCUAGUUUGGGGGCUAAGAGCUAUGUCCUGUUAAUCUUUAUAUCCCCAGUUCCUAACAACAUUCAUAAUAAAUGCUUCUCAAUUUACUGACCAA